AUGGCGGUCGGACGCAUCGAUCUGAGUUCCGUCGUUUUUAUUGUAGCAGUAAGAUUUUUGCUACUGAUAUCUCAGUCUAGCAUUGCAAACAACUCAAAUGAAGUUUCGCUUCACUUAUGGAGAUAUUGUAAAACGUGUUAUGCUGAAAAACCUUGCCUUGUUGACGGAAAGCCACUUAGACUUAGUCGUUUACAUCGAGACUUUACAUGUCGUAACGGUCUACUUGUGGGCAGCCUUCUGCUUCUCUGUGGAGACAUUGCUACACAACCUGGUCCUGGUUGUCGGAUUAACAGUAACGCAAAUACAUUGUAUUGUUCUGCGAUCAAGUGCCUUUAUAUGAAUGCUAGAAGUGUGGUCAACAAGCGUA